UGCAGCAGUACAUGCCAAAUGUGGUUGCAGAGCUCAGAUCUGUCACUCACUGUCUGGGGCGAGCUUGGGAACCAAGAGUUCCUGCAAGGAAUAGAUGAGUGGAAGAUGCUGUUGGUGCUCCCUGCUGGUCCUCAGUGACUCCUCUCCCACUGAGGACAUGGGCAGAGGCAGGAAGGAUCACCAUCACUUCUGCUUAUGGCACAAAUCCACCCAGGGCAGGUGUGCUGGAGUUCUGCCCGUUCCCCAAGACUUCUCUGUGCCCCAGCAGUGUGUGCAUGCCCUGGACACUGGGACCAGCUGCCCCGGGAGAGCUCUGGAGCGUGCUGUGCCCCAAGGGAGGGAUCAGCUGCUCUUGGCUCAGCCCAGCCUGGCCAUCAGAGCCUGCUGUGUGCAGCCACAGGGCCCUUGGGCAUCUGUCCUCUGGUGCAGCAGCAGCAGCUGGGACUCCAGAAGGGAAGAGCUGGGGAUUUCAGCAAAGAAAAUUUCCAAACCAGAGACCCUGUGGCAAUAAACACCAAACCCUGUGUUUUCACAGAAGUUUAUUAAUAAAAGAGAAUAUUCCUAGCACAGGGAGUGUGUGCAAAGUGCAGCCACUUGCAAAUUACUUCUGCUGGUGGGAGCUUUGGAUCUGGUAAACUUGGUGUUAAGGUUGUCUUGAAGGUACAGCAGCCCAAAAGUGUGUCCCCAUUUCCAAAUGUACCACAAAUUCACUCUUCUCCCCCAAACAAAUGUUUAACCGGAUGCUGUAGGUCAAUAUUUGCCUGCCAAAUUCUCAAACAGGGGGUGGUGCUGAAGGUCGCUGCUGGGAAGAGGGGCUGGACAAGAGCUGUGUGUGCCCAUGCAGAGCUGCUGCACAGGCUGAAGCAGGUGUCAGCUCCAACGAGGACAUGAACAACCUCAGGUAAGGGACAAACCAAAGGAUUUGAGAAAAAUGAGGGCUCCUCCCGUGACCCUCUGGGAGAGAGGGGUGAAUUUGGCAGAGGGGCACCACCAGGGAGGAAAAGGGGCAUUAAGGGGUGUAUGUGACUGCAGGAUUUGGGGUGAAGGAAGGGGAGGAGUGAAAUGGCCUCAAGUUAUUUUCUGCCUGUGGGAUCUCAGCCCAGCAGCUCUGGGUGAAGUAAGGACUGCUGUAGUAAGUAAGUAGUAAGUAAGGAGAAGUAAGGAGUAAGUAAGUAAGAAGAGUGGAAAGUGAAGUAAGGAGAGUGGAAAGCAGCCCCAGGAAUUCCAUGUGGACACCAUGCAGGGGGCUGGGCUUUGGCGUGGAGGUUUUAUGAGAAAGAGAAGUUAUUUUAUUUUUGUCUGAAAAUGAAAAGUGGCUGGGUGAAGCGUUGGCCAGGGAAUGGGUGGGGUUUUGUCCGUGACCCUGGAAGCCCUGCUCCCACUGUCCCACACUGGAACUGGGGCACGGAAGGGCGAGAGGCGGGGUUUGCCAGAAACGGAGGAAGAUGAGUGCUGGGAAGGGGAGGUCUCCCCCUUCCAGGACAUAAUGUUGGGAAAUUGCUCUGGUAUUUCAGUUCUACCUGCAAAUGCCCUCCCAGACAGCACUUGCUGAGCACCUGCAGGAAAAUGGGAUUCCUCUGGGGGCUGCUCUGCCUGGCUGCUCUACACAGACUCCCAAAGCUGGCAGAGGCCACUGACCAGCAGCGUCUCUUCCUGGACAAAGAUGGGAACCUGAGGGAUGUGAAAAGUGCUGGAAUUGUACAGUCGGAUGUGCUGGGAACCAUCCCAACCCUGCCAAAGGGAAAGCUGGUAGAAUUUACUUAUGACAGCUUCCAGGAGAACAAUGGACCCAUGUCAGCAUCCACCACCACUCUGCCAGACAUGAGUGAUGAUUGGAACUCAGAAGGUGAAGCUGUGGCUGAGGCUGGGGGUUGUCGUGGGAAGAAAUCACCUGGGGAAAAUGCUUCUUCAGAAGAGGAAGGAGAGGUUGGAGAUAAAAGCUGUAAGAUGACUUGGAAGAAGAGCCAGAGGCUGGCAGAUGGCUUGAUGAGAUUCAGCAUUGAUCUCCUGAGAAAGGUGCAGCUGGAGUCCAACAAAACCAACGUGAUCCUGUCCCCUCUCAGCAUCGCCCUCGCCUUGUCUCACCUGGCACUGGGAGCAGCAAAUCAGACAGAGAAGCAUUUGCUGGAGGUGAUGCACCUGGAGUCCAUGCCCUGCCUCCACCACAUGCUGGGCACCCUUCGCAGGAGGCUCACAGAGUCCACCCUCAGCCUUGGGUCACGUUUGUACCUGCAGAAAGGGUUUGAGGUGAAAGAGAAAUUCCUGGAGGAAUCAGAGAAAUUCUAUGGAGCAAAGCCCAUGACUCUUUCUGGGAUCAGUCAGGAUGACCUCGUGGCCAUAAACAACUGGGUAAAGGAAGCCACUCAUGGGCAAAUCCCCUCCUUCCUCCAGCAGCUCCCUGAAGACACAGUGAUGCUCCUGCUCAAUGCCAUCUAUUUCCACGGGUUUUGGAGGAAUAAGUUUAAUCCAAGCUUCACUGGGCCAGGUAUAUUCCACCUUGACAAUGAGUUUGUGGUCCCAGUUGAGAUGAUGAAAGCUGAAGAGUACCCCCUGAGCUGGUUUACACUGGAGUCCCAGCAUAUUCAGGUGGCCAAGUUUCCCUUUAAGAGUAAUGUGAGUUUUGUGGUCAUCGUACCAGACCAGAUCCCCUGGAACAGCUCUCACGUGCUGGAGAACUUCCCUUACAAACAACUCUGCAGGCUUUUCCCCAGAGAGGUGCCCACCACAGUGAAGAUCCCCAAAAUAAAGUUGGACUACAAGCUGGAACUCAACCAGGUUCUCAGCCAAAUGGGCCUCCAGGAGCUGUUCACGAGCCCAAAUCUCCAGAAGAUCACAGAGGAGCCUCUCUUUGUGUCCAGUGUACAGCACCAGGCCACGCUGGAGCUUAAAGAAGAUGGCGUGGAAGCCUCUGCUGCCACCAGUGUCAUGCUGUCACGCUCAUUCCAUGCCUUCAGCAUUGACAGACCCUUUGUCUUCAUCAUCUUUGAGGAUGAAACAGAGAUCCCACUUUUUAUUGGCAGUGUCCAGAACCCCAGCCCAGAUGCUGCUCCCCAGAGCCGAGAACCAUUGGAUUCACACGAAGCCAAGGACGCCAAAGAGCACCGUGUGCCCAAAUAACAGGGCAGAGCCUGAAUGUUCUGGGACUCCUGCCUGACCCUCUGCGCCAGCUGAGAGAGGCCUUCUGCCUCUCUGAGGCCACAGGGGGCAAUUCCUUGCUGUUUUCCUUUACAGAUCCCUAGACCAGCCCUGGGAUAGCCCAUUCCAGCCCUGACGAGCUUUUCCAGGCUGAGGCUCCUCUCCAUUGAACCUGAAAAGCUUGUUCUGCCUGGAUUUCCCUUCCAGGGCUCUCAGUCAUGGAAGGGAGACUUUCUUGUCCCCAGACUGUUAUUAGAGUCUUCAUUAAGAUCUUAUUAGAGUCCCCUGUAGCCUGGAAUCAUCAUUAGCAUCUGGCAGCUUGGACAUCAGCCAGGGCUGUACGAAUGUGGCUCUUCCUUCCGCAGUUCCUGGGAACACGAAUCCCUCAGUGUUCCUCUGAAAACCAUCUGUGCCCACCUAGACAACGACCUCCAGAGCAACUGGACUAGAAACCAGUUCUCUAGGAUGAGUCACAGCCACUUCCAAGCAUGGGCUCUUUUCAAAGAUUCCCUUUACCCACUCCUUGCCUAUUUGGAUCUGAUGUAGGAGGCUCUGCAGUAGGAAACCCCUCACUUUGGAUCCUUCUCUCCAGCCCUUCCUCUAGAGGCUGGGUAAUGCUAGAUUUUUCAAGGCAUAUUUUAUAAAGUGUUUUUUAGUAAUUUUUAUGUUGGCAGAAUAAUAAAGAAUAAAGCAGAAUACAUUUUCCUGAAAGUGUUGCAUUGAAGGACCCGGCAGAGAAAGGAAAUGUUGCAGAAAUUUAGUAAUUGCAAAGAUUGGGAGGAAAAAAAUCUGGGGAUGACAGAAGAAAAGAAAGGAUGGGCUCUGACAAAGGAUCUGCUUUUUGCUACACCUUGUCACAGGGAACAGCAGGGGCCAUGAGGUGAAUUACAAAUCUGUAGACUCUCCAAGGACCGAGUCCAACAAGUUAUGGGUAUCUCCCCUGCCAAGUGUGCAGGGGGUGGAUGCUCUCUGGAUCAGAGAUGUGAGAUGGCAGAAUCCCCUGAAUUAGGGCAUGAGCUCAGAGGCACAGGGUCAGGAGGGUGUUUGGCCUGUGAGCAGCAAUGCAGGGAUAAGCAAGGAUGUAACAGCCCUUAACCUUUCUCUUGGGUAAAACCUGACAAAUGCUGGGAUCUGCUCAGAGGGUCAAAGGUGCUGAUCUGGCAUCUGUUAUCUGUGAUUUGUUCUUCUCUGGGAUA